AGCAAGCCCUAGCUGCUCCAUCAUUUCCCUCUCUCCGCUUCUCUCUCUAAACCUCUUCUCUCUCGCUGCCUCUCCGAUCUUGUUCUGGCAUUUCUCUGGCUUGUCUAUUCGUUUGGGCCUUCAAUUUGAGGUUUGGAUUGGUGGUUCCUUAAGUUAUAUUUGGUUGAGCAUUGAAUUUAUAUUAAAAGUAUAAAAAAAAUCUGAAGAGGGGAAAGUAUGGGAAAAAAGUCUCCGAAGGAUAAAAAUACAAGAACACCCAAACAGAAAAGGCGAUCACGGAGCUCUGCCAACAAGUACUUGAAACCGGGAGCUCUUGCUCAGCUAAGGUACAGCAAAGCCUCUGCUGCCAACUCAUGCACGGAUCUUGGGAAGAAAAGGAUUGGAUUUGUGGAUGCCAAGAAGACAGAGAAUGAUGGGCAAAUGAUUCAAAAUAAGGUUGGUGAUAAAACCCCUUUGAUGCUAUCACCUGUGGAUUUGCGUAAGCAGAAUAGUUUAGUUCGGACACCAAUCACUCCUCGAACUGAAGAGUGUCAAUCUGAAUCGCGCCUUGAAUGUCUUCCCAUUGAGUUACUGGUUAAAAUAUUGUGUCACUUGCACCAUGAUCAACUGAAGGCAGUUUUUCACGUUUCUCAGAGGAUUAGAAAAGCCGUUGUGAUUGCAAGGCAAUUUCACUUUAAUUACACAACUCCAGAUCGCAGUCGACAGGAGAUGUUAAUGACAAUGACUCCAAGACCUACAGAACACUGGCCUUUUGUAAAAGGGGAUCGUAAGGGUGUUUUGAUGCCUAGCCCACAUACCCCCAAAGCACCAAGACAUGGUGCUCGGCCACCCUCUCGCAUGAAAGCAUCCGAGAUGAGACGCAUUGCAGCUGUAUUGUUCCAAGAUUCUGCAUUUCCUACGAGGCAUAUGGUACCUCCUGUUGUGCCCAAGCCGCCUUGUAAACCUCUGGCUUCUAAUAGGGUAUUAUUUUAUGAGGAUGAGUUAUGUCAGGCUGUUGCUCAGAACAAGCUUCAUUGAUAUCUUAUUGUGGUUUAUUUCCCAUGACCAUAUAUCCUGUGUAUAAUUAGUUUUAGAUCCCUAUAGUUGGUCGUAGUUAUGGUGGGUAGGAUUUGCAAUUUUUAGAUUAUGUUUGUGGUCUGUCGGAAUAAUAUAUACGAAACUGGUCAUUUGUAUAUAUUUUUCUAUUAUGGUUUGAAAUUAUAAUGGAGCUGAUUGUCAGUUCAA